AUGUCCGCAGGCGGUGGCACGCUCGCCUCCCCACCCCCGGUGACCACAACACAGUCAUCGAGGCGUAGCAAACCGCCCACCGAGAACUGGGACGACGACUUUGAGUUCUCCUUUCCAAGGGCGACCAAGGCCGCAGCCGGGGGAUCAUCGUCCAGUUCAUCUGCCGCGCGAGCGUCAGUGUCAACACCAAAACGCGAUGUCGGCGGCCUCCUCGGCGAGGGGUCACGAGGGAACGCUGCCUACAUGCAGCAAGACUCUCCAGACAGCUUUGAUGAAGACUGGGAUGAUCCACUACCGGGACCACCUCCGCCGCCGCUGCAGCAGCCGCCGCGCUCACCCUCGGGCUUGACCGCGACCAAGCCGCAGCGAUCGCCAGUACAGACCCUCUUGCAACCGCCUCGCAGUUCCCAAUCUCACUCGCCCACCCUCCCAUCCCCAACCUCGGCAAAGCCCAGCCCCUUGCUGAACCACUCCUACCCUGCCACUGCUCCCCCCGCGGCUCUCGACCACGCGUCAACACUGUCAUUGCAGACAGUCCGGCAAGGUGACACCACCCCAUCAGGCUUGAGCACACCCAGGGGACAGCUGUCCAAACGAUCCUCCUCUUCGUUUACACCAGCGCGACAAGAGUCCCCCCUCUUCGGCCACUCGGCAUCCCCAGCACACCGCAGCAGCCCAAACCUCGCCAACCCGAACCGAGGCGGCACACUGCAGUCGCUCCAACAGCCGCGUCAUCAGACGUCGACAAGCAGCUUGAGACGCGUCCCCGUGCCGCCAAUACCGCCUGGCCUCGACCAUUCCCGCACCCCCAGCCCGACAAAACACAGGUCUCAGACAAAGUCACCGUUUCAGCCGGCUCCUGGCCCCGCGUUGACGUCGGUCCAGACCAUCACCGCGUCCCCGUCGACAGAGAACCUCCGUGAGAAGAAGCCAAAGUUCUGGAAGCGCUUCUCGGCUGGACCAUCCACGCCGUCUCCGCAAAGGGACAAGGACGAUGCCCGCCGGCGACGAAGUUCGUCUGUUGGCAACCUCGCGCCUCCCAACUCUGUCGAGCCACCUGUACCGCCUUUGCCCGCCAACCUGCGGUCACCGAGCGCGGCCUCGGGCUGGUCGUCGACCUCCAUCAUGUCGUCUGCGAGCUCGACAAGGUCAGGCAAGGGCAGGCGUUUCUCCCUGAUGAUGCGUCGCUCGUCGAGCAACAUCUCGGCGUUGGCAGAUACGCCUACCAAGCCGCCGCCCAUGCCGCACCCGUACGCGCUGCGAGGCCCCAGCACGAGUUCUGUUAACAUGGCAAACGCAACGUCCUCGUCCACAGUCAACCUGUCAUCGCCUCAGUCGGCUGUCCGGACAUCGUCAUCACCCAUCGUCAACCGGUCGCCCCAGGUGGCCGGGUCCUCGACCAUGCACCGCAUGGCUGUUGCGGGACGGACACCGAGCCCGGCAAAACCCCGCACCGAGGCUGACGGUUCCGCGUCGUCGUCAAGACCCCGAACCUUUUCGCCAGGCUUCCACUUACCCUCGCCGUCUCCCGGGUCGCCUUACAACAGGAUCACACCAACGCCCAGCGAAUGCGACGCUGAUGCGGACGAGAAUGACACCUCACGACGGAGACGAAGGGUGCGACCUGCCUCAGCCAUGCCCAUCCCUCGCAAGACGGCGGCGUCGCUGGCGUCGGCCGGCUAUGACCAUGUCAACUCGAGCAGCCCUACACUGUCCAUGGGGUCGCUGGCGUCAACACAGCAGUCGUCGCCGUCCCAACCGCGCAACGUCCACAUGCCGACGCUCGCGGCGCUUUCGUCGGCCUCGGCAGCAAACCAGCAGCACCAGAGUCCCUCGGGAGGACCGCACUCGCGCAUGUCGUCUGCAAACAUGCCCGACUCGGCGUCGCUGGCGAGCGGGUUCCCGGCCGGCACGUCGCCGUCCAACACGUCCGUGUCCAUGUCCUUUGGCAGCUCGGCCCAGCACCACCAGACCAACGGACAAUCGUCGGCCCACCAGUCGACCCUCAAGCGCAUCACGAGCUUUUCAAAGAAGCACUCGCGCAGGCUGUCGGGUGGCUGGAUGUUUGGCACCCAGUCGUCGACGAGCUCCAACGAGUCGGGAUCAAGAGACUCCCGCCCCCCGCUCCAGUUGCUGGAGACUGUGACAGGCUCGCCAUCCAAGCCGUCCACGGUCGGCAAGGCUGCUGCUGCGUCGUUGUCAGCAGCUGCGGGCGCGGGCGCGGGCACGGGCACGGGCUCUGACAAGGCGCCGUUCCCGCACGAAGGGGCGGUCGACCUGUCGUCCCCGCGGUCGAGCCGGAACGGCGAUGCCGUGCAUCCGCUGGAGGCGCAGACGGACUGGGAAGACACGGCCAAGAUGCGCGCCAUCAAGCGCGAGCGCCGGCGCAUGUCGUUCAACGACUUUGUCAUCCCGGACCAGGUCCUGGCAAAGCAAAAGGAGUUGAAGAGGGGUAUUGGGGCCGUCAAGAAGUUUGCCGGGGGUGUUGAAGCGCUCAAGCAGCUGGUCGCUGCGCACGACCGCCUGUGCGACGGGAUCCUCGCCAGCGGGUCCGAGGCGGACACGCGGCUGUUUGUCCAGCUCGAGAACGAGUAUGCGCAGUGGUGGGAAAUGGCCACUGUGCUCAUCGAGGUGGCAUCGACGGGCACGCGCGAGGCCGAGUCGCCCAUGAGCCAGAGUGUGCGCUCCCGCCGAAUCACUCUUGCGACCGACGACGCGCGCGUCGCCAGUGAGGCCCUGCGCUCCAUCUCGGGGUCCACCGCGACGUCGUUUGCGUCCACCACCAACUCGUUUGCCACGUCGGCGUCAUUGUCCACCAACCCCACGCUGUCGCUCAGGCAGGCCAGCUAUGCCGACUCGGACGUGUUCACGUCCCCGCCAUCCGCCGCCAACAAGCCGUACCCGGCCGACUUUCGCGCAAGUACCGGCCGCGGCGACCUGUCGCAGCGCCAGCUGGACGUUCUGCGCACCAUGUUGCGUACGCCCGUCGACUCGAGCGAUAACGUGUUGGCCUCUGUCCAAAAGUCACACGCGUCCAAGGCCGGCCGUGGGUCGCGCGCCAGCAUGCCUGUCCCGCCAACGAUGGAACGGCCCAUCAUCCCCGCUGCGCCAUCGACUAUGCGCGCGUCGCAGAGUCCGUUGGCAUUCAGCACGCCGGCGGGCCCACCGCCGGUGCCCACGACCGACUCGCCCGACGUGUCCACAUAUGUGAUGCCGUCGCCGUCGUACCCAUCGCCCAACACCGCAGCCGCACUCGCCCAGCCAAGGCACAAGUCUGGUAUCGGGCUCGCGGGUCUGCGCGACUUUCUCCGCUCGCUCAAGAACGGCAGGGACAAGAACGAGAAACCGGCUCUAGCCCACACCGCCGCCCACCCCCCCGCGAACAAACUGCGCAAGCGGCCGGCGCCGAUCAACACUGUCGCUGCUGAAAAGUAUGGCCAGUCGCCGCCCGCGUCGCCCAUUCCGCCGUCGGCAGUGGACGCGGUGCUCGUGCAGACCCAGAGGGGAAACAUCCCCCCGCACACACACACCAACCCGGAUGAUUCGCGCUCGCCCAUCAAGGUGGACGCCAAGAAACGUCGGCCUGGGGCUGGGCCACCCGUCUGA